AUGGCCACCUUCGACACAAAUGUGGACUUUAGUGAAAGCCGCGCCGUAGAACUCAAUGUCGUCGGGUGGGUUUUUACAGGCGUUGCAAUCGCGGCGGUAUUCCUGAAGGUCUUCAGUCGCAUGGAGAGUAAGCGGGCUGGGUGGGAUGACGUUCUCAUUUUCUUUUCCCUGGGCCUGAGCAUUAUUGCCACGGCUUUUGUCUCAUAUUCAGUCACUCUUGGCCUGGGGCGGCAUACGGCUGCGGUCAUUGCUGAGCAUGGCAUGGAACGGUACGUAAAAACAGCUUACUGGCAGAUCCUGGGAUUUCCUUUCAAUAUUGGGGCUUUCAGUUUCCCAAACAUCUCGAUUGCCAUCCUGAUCGUUCAUCUCCUCGACCCUAACCCCCUUCGCGCCCGCCUCCUCUACGCCAUGGUCAUUUUCCAAGUGAUCCUCGCCAUGAUAUCUGUUUUCAUCGUCUUCUUCCAGUGCAAUCCGACAGAAAUGCUGUGGGACCACUCCGUCAAGGGCUCAUGUUGGAGCCCGGAUGUGUUCGAUGACUUCUCGUACUUGGUUAGCGCAUAUACAACAGUGACGGACUUUGUGUUAGCCAUUGUACCAAUUAGAGCGCUUUGGAAGCUGCAAAUGCAGACUUCGACCAAAGUGGGUGUUUGUAUCAUGAUGGGGUUGACAUUGCUUUCAGCGAUUGUCACUAUCGUCAAGGCAACAUAUCUGCACUUGUUCACGGACCGCACCGAUCCUCUUUUCAACGUGGUGCCAUUGGUUGUCUGGGGCCUUAUCGAACAGAACGUUGUCAUUGUCGCCGCCUGUAUCCCAACACUUCGUCCGUUCUUUCGCAAAACGUUCAAACCCUCCAAGGGCUCUUCGGGCGGGGCCGACUCGCGUAGUCGCUCAGGUAGCGCCUUCAAGCUCGGUUUUAUCCCGUCAAGCUCACGUUCACGGACUCCCUUUACAUCAUCGGAUCUACCUCUGACUAAUUCCAAGGGUGAGGCAGAUGGUGACGUGGAGAGUAAUAGCAGCCGGCAAGGCAUAUGGCGGACAACAGAAGUUAGGGUAGAGUCAUGA